CUUAAACUCUAGCGGAAGUUUGGCCGGAGCGACCCGGAUGUUGUUGUGGCGUGCGUCAGUGAAACGUGUCCGGGUUCGCUGCUGAAUGGGCUGAAACUUGAUGGACUUAUCUGGUUAAUUCUCGGCUCUGAAGGUCCAAACAGCCACAGGAUCAGCAUCCAUGGCUCACAUCACCAUCAACCAGUACCUGCAACAGGUGUACGAGGCCAUCGACAACCGUGAGGGCUCCUUCUGCGCUGAGCUGCUCUCGUUCAAACACCCCCACGUCGCCAACCCCCGCCUCCAGCUGGCCAGUCCAGAGGAGAAGUGUCAGCAGCUUCUGGAGCCACCGUACGAUGAGAUGGUCGCCGCCCACCUUAGGUGUACGUACGCCGUAUCCAAUCAUGACUUUGUUGAAGCCUACAAGUUCCAGACGAUCGUUGUCCAGUCCUUCCUGAAGGCCUUCCAGUCCCAUAAAGAGGAGAACUGGGCGUUGCCGGUCAUGUUCGCUGUCGCCCUGGAUCUACGGACAUUCGCCAACAGCGCUGAGCAGCAGCAGCAGGAGAAGGGUAAAGGUCAACCUGGAGAGAUGCUGGAGAAAGCAGCCGAGCAGCUGAUGAGCUGCUUCAGAGUUUGCGCCAGCGACAAUCGGGCAGGCAUCGAGGACUCCAAGAAGUGGGGGAUGAUGUUCCUGAGCAACCAGCUCUUCAAGAUCUACUUCAAGAUCAAUAAACUGCAUCUGUGCAAACCUCUGAUCAGAGCCAUCGACAGCUCCAACCUGAAGAACGACUACAGCCCCGCCCAGAAGGUCACCUACAAGUACUACGUGGGCCGCAAGGCCAUGUUCGACAGCGACUUCAAACCAGCGGAGGAGUUCCUGUCUUACGCCUUCCACCACUGUCAUCGUUCCAGUCAGAAGAACAAGAGGAUGAUCCUCAUCUACCUGCUGCCUGUCAAGAUGCUGCUGGGCCACAUGCCGACUCAUCAGCUCCUCAGGAAGUACGACCUCAUGCAGUUCGCUGAUGUCACCAAGGGUGUGAGCGAGGGGAACCUGCUGCUGCUGAACGAGGCUCUGUCCAAACAUGAGACGUUCUUCAUCCGCUGUGGGAUCUUCCUCAUCCUGGAGAAGCUCAAGAUCAUCACCUACAGGAACCUCUUCAAGAAAGUGUACCUGCUGCUGAGAACCCACCAGCUGCCUCUGGACGCCUUCCUGGUGUCUCUGAGGAUGAUGCAGGUUGAGGACGUGGACGUGGACGAGGUUCAGUGUAUUCUGGCCAACCUGAUCUACAUGGGUCACAUCAAAGGAUACAUCUCCCACCAGCACCAGAAGCUCGUGGUCAGUAAACAGAACCCGUUCCCUCCUCUGUCCUCUGUCUCCUAGACUACGUUACCCACAAUACCCUGGGGUUGACGGGCCUUCCUGGAAACAUUUUGUAUUCACAUUGAUUCCUUUUUUUUUAUUUGUGCUGUGAAAGAUGUUGAAUAAAACAGAUGCUGUUUCGUA